GUGUCAUCUAAUAUAUCUUUUUCUUGUUCUCGGUCGAUUCAGUGCGGUAAUAAUAGGUUUGUUGUCGGCUUUUAAGCAUUUCAUCGGUAAAUUGGCUGGAGAAUAUUAAACAAAAAUGAGAAAUCAUUUUGUUUUUGCAAUAGUUACCAUUUCAUUGGUUGCAUUUAAUGCGGCCGGUGUACAAAUCGACUCAAAUAUUCAAAAUAAAAAUGUUGAACGCACCAUCGAUUUGACCACGCAAUUAGUUAAAGUUCAGCAUAAAGUAACAUUGGAAAAUAAGGUGAAAAAGGAAUUCUCAGGCGUUGCAUAUACAUUUCCUGUGACUAAAGAUGUCCGUGACAAUUUGGCAUACAUUUCGAUUCGUGAUGCUCUUAAAAAGGAAUUGAAAGCAACGGAAGAAAAGACAGCCGACGGUUCAUUGUUCACCGUUUCCGUGACAAGUUCAUCGCCGACACCAGUUUUACAUAUUGAAACCGUCUUUUCAAAAUCGUUGGAACCAUAUCCAACACAAAUUACACAAAAUGAACGACAGUUGGUUCGUUACUUCGGUAAUGCCUAUUUCUAUAGCCCGUACAAGACGAUUUCACAAAAAACCACCGUUUUACUUGCUUCAAAAUCAGUGGAAAGUUAUACCACCGUCAAACCAUCAUCGCAUGCGGACGGUACAAUAACGUACGGACCAUACGAGAAUGUUGAACCAUACUCAAGUGAACCAAUCACAGUUCACUAUGAAAAUCAUUCGCCAUUCCUAACCAUCACCAACUUGGAACGUGUCAUCGAACUUUCACACUGGGGCAAUAUCGCUGUUGAAGAAACCAUUGACAUUUUGCAUUCGGGCGCUGGAUUGAAAGGUUCAUUCUCACGCUAUGAUUAUCAAAAGGAUGCACGUAACAAUCACCCAAGCGUUAAAUCAUACAAAACUAUUUUACCGGCAUCAGCCACUGAAGUUUACUACAGAGAUACAAAUGGAAACAUUUCCACAUCGGCUAUGCGCAUUUUGAAGGAUUCAGUUGAAUUGGAUUUGCGUCCACGUUUCCCAUUGUUUGGCGGAUGGAAAACACACUACACUAUUGGUUACAAUGUGCCAAGCUUUGAGUAUUUGUUCAGCAGCGGUGAUCAAUACUUGUUGAAAAUGCGUGUUAUUGAUCAUGUUUUCGAUGAUAUGGUGAUUGAAAAGGCAACGGUGAAAAUUAUUUUGCCAGAAGGUACAAGCAACAUUAAAUUGAUUCCACCAUACUCGGUAAGCCGUUCACCGGACCAAGUUCAUUACACCUAUUUGGAUACGGUUGGUCGUCCAGUGAUCGUGUUUAGCAAACAAAAUCUUGUCGAAAAUCAUAUUGCCGACUUCAAUUUGAAGUACACUUUCAGCAAAGCGUUUAUGAUACAAGAGCCAUUGUUGAUCAUUGGAUUUUUGUAUGCACUAUUUUUGAUUGUCAUCGUAUGGACGCGUUUAGAUUUCUCCAUCACAAAAGAUAGCUCCGUCACACAUCAUCACAAAGACUAGAGUCUAGAUGUUUUUUUUGUUAGAAAUAAAAAAAACGAAACAAAAGAGAUGCAGAUCAAAUACAAACACAAACAAACAUUCAGCGGAUAGAAAUUAACUGCAUUUAAAAUGAUGAUUUUACUUUGAAAUCAAUUUGCUAAUUCCUAAUAAAAAUUAAGGGCGAUUCUUUUUUAGCUUUUAUAUUAAAAUGAAUGAAGUGAAAACAUAAGAUCUAAAAGCAUUUUGAACCAUUUUUUCUUUAGCACAUUCAUUCAUUGAAAAAAAUAAUGAAGAUUGACAACAAUUUUUUCGAAGAAAAAUCAAUACCAUGUACCCAGGUUAACUUUGAAUAGACACAUACACACACAAACUAUUCUGGUCUCGUUUGAUAAAUCUGUGUUAAAAAUAUAAUAAUUUAAAACUAGUAA